UGUCAACCAUUGCUAGAUUUGUGUUCCGUGGUAUCCUUCUUUUGUGAUUUUGCUAGGAACACGAGAAUCACGUUCAUGGCUCCAAGAUACGAGAUAGCAGUUGGUCUUCAUAAGGGCCAUAAGACCACCAAAAUUGCAAGCAAAUCUAAAAUAAAUAAAGUUCGUCCCGCGAGGUUGAAGGGGAUCCAAACCAAACACACUAAAUUCGUCAGAGACAUUAUCCGCGAAGUAGUAGGACAUGCUCCGUAUGAAAAGAGAGCUAUGGAAUUAUUGAAGGUAUCAAAAGAUAAGAGAGCCCUAAAAUUUUUGAAACGGCGUCUUGGCACACAUAUCAGAGCUAAGAGGAAGCGUGAAGAACUAUCCAACAUAUUGACGCAAAUGCGUAAGCAACAAGCUACACAUAAGUAGAAUGUAUAGUUUUAAUAAUUAAUAAAAAAUACUUUCUAAA